GGCGGCCGCAGCGGGGACAUGUCGGGGCGGCGAGGGGGACGCGGACGCCGGGGGUUUUUGGAAUAACUCUCCUCGAAUGCAAACAGCUGCAUAACCAUGGAUUCCUACAGUAGAGUUGGAAAAAGUCAAGUGAAGUCUAGAAUAUCAGUCAAAAGAGGCUUCAGUGAAGGCGUGCAGCAGUCUGUGAAGUCUUUGCUACAGAGCCAAAAAGAAUUAUGCAGCGUGUCAGCGGGGGAAUACUUAAAACAAGAUGAAGCCAGCAAUUUGAUUGAGGUCACCUUCUUAGGUUUUUCCGAGGCGGCCGAUGAAGCUCAAGUGCAGGAAUUAGCUGCCAUGUCUCUGGAUCUCCCAGAUCUUCUGAAAUCUCUCCACCUCUGCAGUCUAAAUGAAAAUGAAAUCAUUUUUCUGAAGGACAUAAAUAAGACCUUGGAAGCAGAUGAUGGCUCUCUAAAACAGAAUCAUGUUCCUGGAGUGCUUUGUGUGAUGAGAGUAUCGCCGGUAACAUUCCCAGGAGUAAGAGUUGAUUUUGUGUUUAAUCUGCUGAGCAAAUAUGCUACCGGCAUAAGAUACACCUUGGAGACCUAUUCACCUGAAAAGCACCACCUGGAGUCAUCUGGAGAUGAUGACACCAAUCAGUCAGUGUCAUCUAUCGAGGAUGAUUUUGUCACAGCUUUUGAGCAUUUAGAUGAAGAGGAGCCGUCAAAGCCGCCCAGGGCUGGGAUAAGCAGUGCUAUGCCAAGGAGCCAGCAAGAUGCUGCUUCCCAGACCCAUCCUGCUCAGGGCUCGGAAGCUAGUAAUUCAAAGAGUCUUACGAGUGCCGGGCGAUGGAAAUCAUCUGCUAAUUCUUCUGCUUCUCUGAUGAACGUACUGAGACUGAAAGAACUACCUUCUUCGAAAAAUUCAGUCACGACAUCUAUUUCAGAUCCUUGGAUACAAAGGAGUUUGUAUAGGUCAGGUAAUCCUGCAGAUAAAGGUACUGUUUUACAGAAAACUUUUCUCUCCUCCUCUCCCGCUGACUCAUCCGAUUCAGCCUGCUCAAGCCCAAGUCCCGUUCUUUUCUUGGAUGAAGAGGGUUAUCAAAAAAGUCUGAAGGCAAAGCUGGAGCUGCCCCAAAUCCCCGGACUGAAAGAUGGCGUAGAGGACUCGGACUCAGAAGUGAGUGAAUUUUUUGAUAGCUUCGAUCGCUUUGAUGAACUGGAGCAGGCUUUGGAGAGUGCCGUCCAAGGGGCGAGAGACCAGGUCCAGAGCGAUCCAUCCCAGAAGAGACUACACAAGCAGGAGAAGGCUUCUUCCGUACCUACUAUGAACCCUCCAAAAUUCAAGUUUGAUCGCCCCACUCUCCCAGCUAAUGUAAGAAAGCCAACUCCUCGGAAACCGGAAUCCCCCUUCAGUAGCCUGUACGACGCUCCAGACUCUCCUCGCCCGGUGAAAACGUGUGGAGACGAUGGCAGUUUGUUUAGUCCCAUUCGAUCCUCCGCUUUCAGCCCUCCCGGAGGCUGUAACACCAGUGAAUGUUUCUGUCAGAUAGAAGACAGCGGAGAUAAUGAAAACCACGAUACGCUUCAUCGUGCUUAUUCGGAUUACGCGAACAGCGUUUCACGUGACAUACUUAGUUCAGCUUUUCAUUCUCGGUCUACGACAGCCCCCGAACGUCCAGAGAAUGCGUCUUUCGUUGAUCGUUUUGCAUCAGAGGAGGGAAAAAAUCAAACAGAGGAGCCCAAACGCAAAAGUUUGGGAGAGGAGCUUAACUGGAAGGUGAAAUACCAAAGCAGAUCUUUAACGCUCAAAGAUAGCCUUCAGAAAUUUGCAGCAGACCUUGUGGAGAAAAGUUUCGGUAGUGCAUUUAAAGACUUACGAAAAGGAGUCUCAUCUUGUACCAGUGCACUGUGUCAUUUAGCUAUCAAAUUAACUUCUUCGGUCUUUCAAAUGGCAUUUUAUGAGCUUGGAAGACGGAGAGCGUUUUCCCUCAAAGAACGUGCCGUCAAUAGCCUGGCUAAUUUUUUGGUGAGCGAAGCUCUGACAACUGCUCUGAAAGACUUGCAGUACGUAAAAAAGCAGAUAUUCACGAGCACAGUAGCGAGAUUCGCCGCAGACCUGGCUGAAGAACUUGUCUUUGAAGGAAUUAUGGAAGUCUGCCAGUUUUCUCAUCCACCACCGCACACAGGUACACACCGCAGGUCCUUUGGGAACGAUGACAAGGCGGUGAUGUCGUAUGCUAGAGAUUUGUCUGAUUCUGUCAUUCAGGAAGCAUUCAUUGAACUCUCGCAAGUUGAUGUGACCUUUACAACUCAAGCAGCAAUUAGUGUUUCAGUGAACAAUAUAAAGUAUGUAAGUGCAGAAAAUGUCUUUCGGUCCACACAGACAUCCGCUUCGUUGCCUUCUUUUCCCAGCAGAAUGAUGGUACCGCCGAGGCCAGUGCAGGAAUCUGGAAAAGAAUUUACAGUACGACAAGCUUUAUUUUGUACUACUGGGUUAGUUACUUCUGUACCAGUGCCCUCGGCAGGAAGUACUCUUUGCCAGUAUCUGACUUCAGCCAACACGUGUAGAGACUCCCCCAAAGCACGCUUUACAGGUUUAGAAAAGAAAGAAGAGCUGUCUUGCCUUAGAAAUAUUUAUCUAACGCCGGAACAUAAUCGAAGUAGUGAAAAUCACCCUCAGUCUCCCUGUAAUCCGCAUGAUCUGCAACUAACCACCGAUAGUGGAAUGAGUAGCAAUUCAGAGCUAGCAAACGGGACGAUCGAUAUCGACCAUUUUUCUGGAACAAUGGUGGAUAUGAUAGUAAAUGAAACUUACGAAACGAUAACUUCACCUAAGGUUGCAAAAACAGUGGAAGAAUAUUCAGAUUUUUUAACAAGAAAAAUCCCAGGGGGGAAGAAAAGUUCUCCACGACGCGUGGGUGAAAAGAGCUCCAAGGUGUUCUUUGCCGAUCAUUUAUCCAGAUAUACUGUACAACAUUCCGUAGGCGAAACCAAAUCAUUGGGAUCAAAUGCAAGUAAGAAUGCGGGGUGUGAUACAGGGGUACCAGCAAGCCCGAGCAGUGUUCACAAGGAUGUGUGUAGUAAAAGAUGGAUGAAGAAACACGAACCCGAAACACAGCAGUUCUCAGUCGUGCCUGGGGAAGAUAAAUUGCCAGAAACGAAGCCCUCCAAGUUUCUCACUGCCCCAGUUCACUCAACCCAGUGCUUGUUUUCAGCAGAAAGGGACUGUGGUCAAGAACGUAAAGGGUCAGUAACUCACAGGUUUUCAUCAACUACCCCACCACCGUUUCCACCUGGGACUCCCCAGACGAGCAGUUCAGGUGAGAUUACUACUGACGCAGCAGUCUGCUCGCUUAAACCUUUCGGUAAAUUAUUGAAAAGACAGGAACAGAGUAAGACAGCUCAAGCUGCUUUCCCUUCCGGGCAAGAAAGUUGCGUGUCUCACUCCCAAGCCUUCUUACCGAAAUUGCUUUCCGGUGAGGACGUUCUGUUUGAGGAAGACAAGCAACCGAGCAGAGAUGAAAGUGUCGUGACACCGGGCACCCCCCCGCCAACUCCUCUAGGACCACCCCAAACUGAUCCCGAAUGGAAUUUGCGGAAGUUAACCAAGAAACUAAAGGGAGAGCUAGCAAAAGAAUUUGCACCCGCCACCCCACCCUCCACACCUCAUAAUCCGUUCAUUACUAAUUUGUCCGACGCUGAGCCCCGAACCAUCGAAAAAGAAGAAUUCAUGCUGAAACUCAUGAGAUCGCUCUCAGAGGAAGUAGAAAGCAGCGAAGAUGAAGAGCAUCCUAAAAUGUUUCUCGAUGAGGUAGAGCGUUCACGGAAAACAGUUCAGUAUGCAGAUGACUUAGCGACACACAUCAUUUCUCUGGCAACUGAAAUGGCUGCUUCCCAUUUAGAAGAUAAAACCAUCCAAACCCCCGUUACUAAAACUUGUCGUUUCGAUGUUCGCAACCAAAGACGUGGGAGUACUGCCUCUAUAAGUAUCCCAGAUGAAAUUGUACGAUCACUGUGGAAAUAUGCAGGGGAUGUGGCCCGGGAGGUCAUCAGCGAGGCUAAAACGACAGUAACAUCGAGGCAUUGUAAACAACUCAGGCUGAAGAGAGUGAACUGCCCCUGGAGCGGCCUUUAUGGAAAGAGAGCUGAGAAAGAAUGUCUGUCAAAACAGAAGAGGGAGGCACUCUCCGAGCAGGGACCGAGAGAAGUCGAUUCAUCAGUUCUUUCUUUGCCUCAAGAUCCCUGUAUGUCAGGUCUGACGUCCAGGUAUCCCAGUUGCGAGAGUGUGACAGAUGAAUACGCCGACCACAUCAUACAAGUUCUACGAAGGGAAGGCGGCAGCCGGGAGUUGUUAAUGGAUCAGUAUGCCAGUAGACUUGCUUACAGAUCUGUCAAGUCAGGGCUGCAGCAAGCCUCGAAGAAAAUGAAACUGAAAUGUAACAGAAGAAUACUGUCUCGGCGGAGCUCACAGGUGAGCACUAAAAAUGAGCUGUUGGAGUUCUUAAGCAAGGAACGGGACCAAGGUGUAGAGGCAGAGAGGCAGAGCAAAAGAAACGUAGUUCAUAAUUGCGCACAUCAAGCCCGGGAGGUAACCGACGACUCCCGGAGAACUGAGAAUGCAGAACUGGUACAUUUUUCAGAUUGUCUCGCUCAGAACAUAACCCACGAUGUCCAGAAGAGCCUGCAAAUGGCCACCUUUUGCCUGCCAAAAUCCUUAACUGAUUCUUGCCUUUACAAGAAACCUAAACGUGAUAAAGUUCCUGCGGAUCUCAUCAGAACAACAUUUUCUAAGCCUCUUCUGCCUUCUUCAGGGAGACAUAAACUUUAUCGUAGCACCGGCAGUUUAGAUGAAUAUGAAUUGGGAGACGGUGUCUUUCAAACUAUCGAACGGUAUGCCAGGAAAGUAGUGGAUGACUCCAUGGAAAUGAGUUUGGAAUCUGCUGUUCUCCAAAGCGCUGAAAACAGAAAAUCUACAGAUAGGUUCACUUACGCGGCAAAGUUGUCGCCCCUUUCGGGAACAGCCUGCAGAUACUGUAGUGUAAAAGAACACCAGUAUUGUAGUGGAAUGUCAUCGCAGUCCCUUUCCGGACCGGAGCCAACUGUUAGGAGCAAGGCGGUGUCUAAUUCAAGACUUGGCGUAGUCUGUCAGAAAUCGAGAAUCCUUCAUCUUGACGUUCCCAGGAUCCACAUUAAUCUUGAACAGAAGACAGAAUUUGCCGAGAAGGUAGUUGCCGCCGCUAUUGAGAAAGCAGAACGAGAACUGAGUAAUACCAGUCUGACAGCUGAUAGCGGAAUUGGGCAGGAUGGUGUUAGUUUCGCUGAAAGCCUUACUACCGAAAUAAUGACUUCAGCCAUGACAAACAUUGGUCACACUGUUAAUAUAAGUUCACUAGGAAAAGAAGGACUACUUCAGUCAGCUCAGUCUGUCGGGAAUCAGCAGAUGAGUCUGAGUAUCGGGGACGAUAGCACCGGCAGCUGGUCCAAUCUCAGUUUCGAAGAUGAACAUCAGGAUGAGAGCAGCAGUUUCCUUCAUCUCAGCGAUAGUAUUGGUAUCAGCAGUAGCUGGAGCAGUCUUGGUUUAGAAGGAGAUAUGUAUGAGGAGAAUUUAUCCUUUCCGCCAUCAGACAGUGAUGGAGCAGACGAUAAAGAUGAAGAUCUGCAGGGCAUAGGACCAGGCCUGGGACACGCUGGGAAGACGUUGUUAGUCACGAAUUUUGAUCUGGACCCAUGUGCCGGGGACGCCCAGCUGAGAACAGUUCUGCAGUGGCUUGUUGCCUCUGAAGCAGAGGUGACCCAGCUUCAUUUUCGUGACCUGGCAAAGAAAGAUUUCAUACAUUUUUCAAAAAGAUUACGGGAGAAAGAAUGGAAAGUCGGAGAUGUCCUGCAGGCUGUGCUGAAAUACUGUGAAAUGCAGGACAAGGUUUCUGAUGAGGAGAGGAGUAAACCAUUAUUUUGCUGGCUCUUGGAGAACGCCUAAAACAAAUCCAAAGAUGAAAAAUCUUCUUUACUUUGGUUUUUUUUUUUUCAUCGAAGGAGGAAAGUAUAGGUCAUGGUUUUGAAGAAAAAAAAACAUAAAUGGUGAAUGUUCCCGUUCGCAUUCAGAGAGACUGAUGGGGAGUCAAUCUAUCUUUGCUGUAAAUGCUUUGUGAUGCAGAGUGUGUAUGCAGUAUGUUUAGUUUUUCCCUUUGCAAUCGGUAUCAGAAUAAUAUGUUUAUUUAAUCUCAGUUUAUAUGCGUGUUGCAUUCAGAUUGUAGGAAAACUGGGUGAGAGAAAUCUGAGCAGGUGCUGGUAUCUGACAGGAUUUCCAAUGUAUCCGGAAUGCUGCUGGCUGUUUCUACGGUUUGGAAUAAGCCGUUCUGUUCUGGAGGGAGCUGUUCAUAGAUUCUAGCAGCUGACCUUUUUGCCUGCUUCAACUUCUGGUGUCAUGUACACUCCGUUUUAAAAUCGCCCCUUAAAUUCAUCUUCUGAUGGCAACUACUUUUACGAAGGACGAAAGGUCAUUCUUUCCUUUAGGGAAAUCUUCCCUUCAUCAGCCAGCACUGUUUUUAUCAUCCUCUUCCUUUUUCAUGGUUUAUAUAUAUAAAGAUUUUUCGUUCUUUAAGUGCUCGAAUCCAAAAAGCAUAAUUUUUACAAAAUGGAAAUGUUAGAACCUUAAAGUAACCACAUACCUGACAGAAGUCUUUUUUCAAGUAGUACUUGCAAGAACAACCAACCCAUUCUGGAAUGGAAGGAUGUGUGUGUUUAUGUGUAAAUAUUUUGCUCUACAAAUGCUGCUUCCUGGUUAAGGACCCUUUUAAAGGAGUUCUUCAAAUCCAGACAUCUCUGGAAUUGGAGUUUAGAUUUCUAUGCACGGUUUCUGUUCAAAUAUGUUAAGUUCCCAAAUUUACCCCACAGCCUGGCUCCUUCCACAAAGGUCACUAGUGUUUAUGGAUUUUAGGUGUACCGCAUAGAUUACAGGUAUUUUAAAGUGGAAUUUUAUCUGCUAGAAUGAUUACAUUCUGAUGUUUGUCGUGGAGGACCUACAGGCUUGUGGGGAUGUAUGGGUGUGUUUGGUAGAGAGGCUUUUCGACCUCUCCUUUCCUGCCCAAACCCUCCCAAGGGUUCUGGCACCUAAGGAAGCCUAAAGCAGGAUCUCGACUGAAGAUUUGGGGAAUGGAGCUGGCAGGGAGGAACGUGAAAGUGUGUGUCUGUGUAUGUAUGCAUGUAUGUAUGCUCGUGAUCGCAUGUGGCUGCGUGUUCUGUGGCUGAGAGUUGUUUUCUAAAUCAUUCAUUUUGGGAGACCAGAUCUGGGAGGAAAAGAGGUAUUGGUGAAAUUCUCAGAUGAUCGUGUUUUGAGACACUUUUCCUUCGCCCAGCCUCUGUAUCACCGCCAUUGCUUUCUAUAAAUCCUUCUUCUAGGUGAAAGUUGGCAAGUUUUUUGAACCAUUUGAAGUUUGUGAAUACACCUGACUGUGUAAAAGAGUGCUCGGGCACCAGCUUUUUAGACUACCCAUUUUCUACUGCUUUUUAUUGUCUGUUGCUAGUCGAUAUUUUUUUGAAGUAGGGGACUGAGUCGUGAGUGACCGUUUCCUCUUCUGUGCUCCACCAACAGAAGACUUGGGCAACUCAUUAGAAAUAAGGACCCCUAUGGUUCUGCCUUUACUGAGCACUCGGCUUCUAGGUGUUGCAUAGAAUAACUAAGACACCCCUUGCCCAGGUAACCUAAGGUAAAUAAAAUGUUUGUACAGUGACAGUAUUAUAAUGAACUCACCCUAAUUUAAUUUGGUUUUGUUUUUUUUUUUUUUUUAACUCCGUCUCAUUUCAGCUCUUUGAGAGUAUUUUAUUGGAAAGCAAGUAGUAGAAUGAUCUUUUUCAAAUUCAGUUUUCUCUGAAAUGCAUGUAAUGUAUUAUCAGAAUUGCCUCUCUUUUUCAAAGCUUGGAUGGAAACAUCUCUGACUCUCUAGGCGUCAGGAAGAGUCUUCCUUUAUUAUCGUUAAGUAAGUGUAUUGGUGAUCAAAUUUGUGUUGCACUCUAGUGGAAAUAUAUUAAAAGCUACAAAAUUAUGGUCAAAAUCAUAGAUGUCUGUAGGUUUAAUCAGCAUCAGAACAGAAUUCUGAAUUUCAGUUUUGCCUUGGUUUUGCUGAGAGAUUUUAACUCAGUUUUGAUUUAAAGUUCGUUUUGUGUCUCCUUUUCCAAACCUCUGCAGAGCUGUGUUGAGUUCAGAGUAACAUCAUCUAGCCAGCAUGUAGACUGCUGCUGUUAAACAUUUAUCUGAAAAACUGUCAUCUCAGAAAGGCUCAAAAAUUUAGAUGUGAUUGACAACACUUAACGCCACACUCCAAACAAAUUAAGAAAUCAUUAGAGAGAAGACAGUUACACAGAUGUAUAAAUAUAUCCAUUCAUUGAGCUCCCUGGAGUUGGAAGAACUGCCAAGCACCUCUUAUUCAGUUUUAAAUUGGUUUUCUCUAGAGGUACUUUCUUUAUGUAAAUCAUUUUUUAAAGAGCUAUUGAAUCGAACUGGCUGGUUUGAAUAAUUGACUAUUUCAUGACUGUACGUGCUGGAAUUUAGCAACAUUUCCACUUUGUGUCUGCUUCUUUUCAAAGCUUGGGAUGAAGUGUCCACUUCGUGGAAAUUUCAAUCCUAAUAUGCUCAGUUUUUUUUAAGAAAAAAAUUGUUCUUAUCAAACAGCAUCCUUUUUCAAUAAACUCCCUCUCGAGAGUUCCAGAAAAAUAAGGAAGGGAUUUAAUUUCAGACCGAUGGAUACAGAUCUGAGGGUUGCCUUUCCCAAGCCAAAUUUCAAUCCCAUUUUAAUAUUUAAAAAUUAUCAUUUGUGAUAGUUUUAAAUAUUUUCUAGUUCUAGUUUUCUAGUUCUAGAGCUGGAAGUGAAAAACUAUCACAAAGAGAAGUGAUGGUAUAAAUUGCAAGGUUUUAUAAUAGAUUUAAGGACAUGAAAAAGCAUACUCUUUUAUAAUGUUACUCGAGAAGAGCCUGGUUGAAUCUCUGAGGUAAAAUUAAAUUAUUUUGUUUUUGAAAAAUAUCUAACUUUUCUUUCAAAUAUCAAACACAAGAUUCUCCAUCCAUGUUUCUUAGAGCGAGCUUAAAUAAUGGGCCUGGUUCUGAGCGUGAGAAGGGAAUGCAUUGCUUAUUUGUGUCCUAGAAGAAGUUGCUUACCCCUUGAAACGAGCUCCGGGUGAGCAAUCCACUCAUCUUUGGUCAGCCAGUCACAGCUCCCCGUUUCUGGUGCCAUUUCGAAGCCGAUCACGCUCUCCCGCAGUCCUAUGUCCAAAUGCUCUCCUAGCAAAUUUAGCAGACUUGUACAUUCGACAUUUUUCUAAAAUUAAGCUCCGAUAGUUCCCUUUUCUGCAAGGAGCAGUUUAUCCUGAGGUGGAUAUAGCACUUGAGUUCCGAGCCCUGUCACCAGCACAGAAAUUUGUAUUUGGAUAUUUUAAAAAUGCAUUUACAAUACCAAGGGGAGAAACAGAAUUUUAAAUUUUUUGUUGUUAAAUGACAUACAAAUGUUUUCACCAAGAAAACGCUGUGAAGCAUUUACUGUAUUUCUGCUUUGAAGAAGCAGGUACAGUGUUAGCCACUGUGGUCACUUUAUUUUUACUGGCUACAUACAUUCCUCUUGUAAAGGUGGACUUGUAGUUCUAGAGUUCAUUGACCCAUUGUAAUGUUUGAAUUGUAUUUAAUAUCAAACUUUAAUAUAGCUGUAUCUGCUACUAAUUUUGUUUACUCACGCAGUGUUAAAAGAUUCACAUCCUCAUUUAAUCAGUUGCAUACGAGUGCAGUUUAAAUAACCGUAAAGUUGAUGUAACUGUACUGAGUGACUGCUAUAAGGUGAUCUUGGUAAUUUAAUGGUCUGUUCAGUUACCAAAUUAUGAAUUUCAAGUUGCACUAAACCUGUCCUUGUUUUAGCAGUGGUUUCAAUAAACAUUUAAAAGAAA